GUUGCGCUUGUCCUCGCGUUGAAAUGUUUUUUUUUUGUUUAGCUCACGUUUAACAAGAGUAGACUGAUUUUAUUGUUAAAAACAAGUAUGAGCGUUGUUAUACGUUCAUUGGACCCUUCAAAAGAAAAACUUUUGUUUCAAUUAAAUGAAUAUGCUGCAUUAGUCGACUCUCUUCCGUACGUCGAUAAUUAUGGUGUGGAAGAACGUGAUGAAGUAAGGCAGCUUGUUGAAAAUGAAAUGGAGAAAUUUCAGCCUAAGAAUUACUUAGCACCUUUAUCGUUUCCUUCCACCCCUUUCAUUGAUGCAGUUAUGAAUGUCAUUGCACUUGAGUGUGCUAAGGAUGUCAAGGACCCUCAUGUUACGGACAACAUGCCUUAUGCAUGGCAACGCCAACUGUAUUGCUGUCAAGAUCCGAAUGCGCGUCUUACAAUUCUCGACACAACCCGUUAUGAACUUGUACCUCAACCAGAGUGUCAAAUUCGAGAUAUGGAAUCUUGGAGGCGUCAUAUUGAUAAUGCCAAAGCUCAAGUUGAGAAUUCUGAUAGCCGUCAAAUCAUUCUUAAGGUAUUGAAGGAAACAUCGCAAAAAUCUUGGCAAAAACAUGUACAACAAUUACAGGGAUCCGAAUCAGCGUUACACCGUCAUGUGGACAAAUUGAAAGAACAAGUCGAGGCUGUUAACAAACGUAGAAAACUUGAACAAGUUACCGGAGGAAAUACAUUACGUCUUCUAACCAAUAACUAUAAAACAAUUUUUGAAAAAAACGUUCAGCUUUUAUCCGUCAUAAAAACAUUAGAAGCACAAGUACAGCAAAUUCAAGACUCACUUGAUUAUACGCGUUGAAACAUGUUGAACGAAAAGGAAAACUAAUAGAACUCAUAUAAAAUCAAUAUGCCUUGAAGAAAAUAGUGUACACGGAAAAUCUACUAAAUUGGCUUGUUUGAUUGUUUGUAGUAACAUAAAAGUAUCAAUCAAUCUAAUAGCGUUAAUGUUCUGUAUCAAUUUUUCUUAAUAAGUAUUCACGUUUUAAAAUAAAAAUUACUAUAAAAAAAUAUAUUAAAAUAAAAAACAUGUACUGCACAGUAGUGAGGUGUAAGAAAAACGAGAUGAAAGUGUUUUCGCUUCCGAUCUAACUAGUGAGAGUCUACGUGAUAGGCCAAAAGGGUCCCAAAGCAGGUACUGUUACAUGUUUUGGAGGAAUGAAAUAUUUACCAAAGCCAACAAAGUUUUAUGAUGGUAUUAAACGAUUCUCAGCAACAAUUUUUAAAAGCAUUUCAAGAACAAUUGAGUGAAGUUACAACAGAAGCUUAUGUUAUACAAAAACUUAGUUUACUUAUGCGGCAACAGGAUAACCCUGUUUUACAAAACACUAUUCUUCAAUUAUGGUUAGAAGAAGUUCAACGAUCAAAUCAUCCAACUCGACUUUUAUCUUUAUGUUAUUUAGCGAAUGAUGUUAUACAAUAUUUACGCAUGUCGAAAGAAAAUGUUGUGUACCGCUAUAAUUUCACAAUUCCAUUAGCUCAAGCUUUUGUGAUCAUACGACAAAAAGCUCCUUCAAUUAUACCAAAGAUUUCACGUUUAAUAGGUAUCUUUCAAGACCGUAUGAUAUAUGACACCAAAACAUUGAAGCUUUUAAAUAGAGCAUUAAAUGAGGAUUUUAAUUCUGUCACAAUAAGAGUGAUUCCAAGUUUAAUCUCUGAUAUGAAAAAUUAUCAAGAAGAACGUAUUGCACUGUUAGAAAGGGAAGUUUUAGAAAAACAACAAAAGACGGAUUCCGCUGUUCAAAAUGUUAACACGAAAACAUGUGCGCAAGAACAUCAUGUACCUGUUGCGACAACGUAUUGCAAUAACACUCCAUCAGACUUUGCUACUCCGUCUCAUGGUACCUUUUUUUCCGACUGUUGCUUAAAGCAGUCUUCUGUAAGCGCUCCAGUCAAUUCGGACAUUUCUCAACCUUGUAUUGGUCAUUACUUACCCCAAGUUAUCAAUCGACCUGAUGAUAUUCUAAAGGAAGAUGAUUUAAAAUCUUUGAUUCAAUGUUUUGAAGAAAUGUGUGUACCUAAAAUAUCAACGAGCAAUAAAAAGUUAACUGAACAUUUGUUUUCUUUACAGCAAUCUUUAUCGCAACAUCACAGCGCUAACAACAAGAUGGAUGUUGAACCUUCUUUUAAAGAUUUUGAAUUGUUACAAAAGUUAAGUGUUCAAUGCCAUGAAGCUAUUGAUGAAAAAGUAGAACGUAGACAUAAAGAACAAGAGCGUGCACGAUUUUCUUUAAUUUCAAUGGAACCUGUUUCAAAAUCAGGAGCGAGUCGUGUUGAACUUUUAUUGAAAAAAGAGUGGACUUUACGGAACCGUAAAUCACAAAUAGAUCAUUGCUUAUACUGGAAACUUGUUGAUUUCACUAAAUAUUUAUCUUCACGUUUAACUACUUUUCGUGCCAUUUUCAAUACAGUUACUAAAGAAAUUCAACGUCGAAAUAAAACUCAAAUCAUGACCAACAUUGUUACGAACAGUUGAACAGAGUAUCAUCACCAGAACUUUUAACGCAUUUGAUUUCUUUUCCUCUCAAAAAAAACACGUUAGCUAUGCCUGUUUGACAAGCUCCAUACGAUACUUGAGGUUUAAAGUGUGUCCCAAGAAACUCCUAUCGUUUUUGGAACUUAAAAAGGAAAAGUAUUUAUUUCAACUUUUCACUUUAUUGUUCAACUCGACCAAUUAACAAACAAAUCAAAUACCAGCCACGUUCUCGUCACCUGAUUUUUUUAGUACAAAAAGAUAAAUCAAGCGUUUUAAUUUUUUUGGGGCAUAAGAAUAUCAAUUUGUUUCUAAAUCAUAAAAGAAUUCUUCGAGUCAAUAUCUUUUCUACAUGUUGUCUAAUUCUCUUUAAUUAAAAUGGUUGUAAGAGAAUAUUCCUCUUGGACUUGUUCUAAGUCAAUUAGAAACUUUUAUCAACUAUGUGUCUUCCUUUUUGUACAAGAAUAACAUAAAUGUCGAGUCAUAGAAAAAUACGCAUACUUCACUAGGUUGUAUUAUAUAAACACAUUUUUUUGUUUUUCAACAAGCGUCGAAUAUUUUUGAAUAAAACAUGUUUUAACAAAACCAAAAUGGCAUUUGUUUCUUAUAGAGGCAACAAAAAUUUACCGUACCAGGUAAAUGUGUAUUUUUUUAAAAACAUUUUUUACAUGAAUCCAUUGUAUUUACAACUUGUAUCUUUUUUACUGUUGCCAUUUUCGUAAUAAGAAAAUUUCGUUUGGAUUAGUAAUGUGUUGACGUUAGAGGUUUAGAAAAAAUGACGCGUUUGUUUAGUGACAAAUUUUUAAGUGAAAUGCAAGAGCAUGUUCGAGUCAAUUUAUGCUUAGAAUUUUUCUCUCUUCCAAAUGAGGCAUCCUCAGAUUGUGCUAUAGUUGAACUGGGGUACCCUUCAUGUGCUUUAGAACCACCUAUGGUGGUGACAGGUGAACUUGGAGAAACGGGAUACAUUGAAUCAUCUAUUAAUUCAUUACGGGUUAGUGUACGUUUCGCUACUUUAAAAGAUUCCAUUCGAAACGAGUUGCUGAAACCUUUACUUCAACGCGUUCAUUUUCAUACAACAAAGAAGCUCACAAUUAUAAGACGCCAACCAAUCUCCUCCUACGAUAUAUCCUUUUUAUUUCACUAUAAUCAUCUUCAUACGUCAACUUCGCAUCAACUCGAAUCACAGUUUACUGCGAUGCUGCUAGCCAUUCAACAACGUUUAAAUAUUCUACUUGAGUACCCUAACCACUUUCAGUGUAUCACUGCUAACACAAUAGUAACAGCUUUAGUAGAUCUUCAUUCUUUUUUAUUAAAGCCUUCGUAACCCUUGCAACAUAAACAUAUCUGUGUUUUGGAAUCACAUACACAACACUAUGGUUUUUCAUUUUGAAAAAACGCAAGUUUUACAAAUCACUGCAAUUAAAAAAAAAUACUGCUUCCUUUUUCCAGUUAAGCUUUAUAUUUCAUAGUUUUUUUAAUAAAGAACUGUAAACUUGUUGUCUUUAUAAGACUCAUUUUUGAGUGUUUUUUGAUUUUAACUAGAUAAAUUUUUGACUAGCUUUUUUCUAACUAUGUAUA